UCCCUUUUCCUCGACUAGUCUUAGCCUACGCUCUACUACCAUCUCGCUGUACACCACCCACGCUUUCCGGCGUCUAGAGCAGUGGUCCACGGCGAAAGAACCUCAAGAUGCAGUCACCUACCGUGGGAGACACGGCUACAGCAAACAUCGUUCCAGAAGGCAAUGGCAUAUCAGACGCCGAAGUUAGCAGUCGGAACGAAGAUGCGGCCACCGGUGCUGAAGAGCCUGAAGCUCUCGCGGGAGUCGGCUCUCCUGAUUUCACAGCUCCUCGCUUCCGAAGCAGUCCCACUCCGUCGGAAAGGGGCUCUCUCGGGGGCAGAACCACACCUAAACGGCCAUUGAGUCCGUUCCAAGUCAGGGGCUUCCGUCAUGGCCCAGGGUCGGUCGCCAGUGACCGUAGCGAUUCGCGAAUUGUCAGUGACAUGUACAUGGAGACGCCGGUGUUCAGGGACCGGGACGAGUAUGAGCCAUGGUCGGCAGAGACGGAUGAGAGAUUUGCUGGUCUCCUGUCCACACUGACUGAACCAACCCACAUAGGCAUGCUGGAAAGAGCAGACCGUUACGGAGCGCUUCAGAAGCACAUGGCGUCGGACGUGGUGCCGGAGAGCAUCCGCCUAACAUGGGGACGCGUGCUGGACUGUUACGACAUCGCCAUGGUGGGCAAGCGCUCUGCUCUUCUCGCCCUUUGCGCCUCACACAAGAAAAUCCGUGCAUUACAGGGCGAGGCUCAGCUUCACAACAGACGUCGGACCUUUCUUGAGAACCAGUGCAGUACUCUGGAACGGUCGGUGGAGCGUCUGGAAACGGAGACUAGGACGCAGCAGCAGCAGGUCCAUAGUCUAGAGCAGGAAGCUUCGAGGCGCGAAAGGGUGUACGUCCGGACCAUGCACGAGCGGGACAAAGUACGAGAGUACCUAGAAGAAACGAUCGCCAACUGGGACACACUUGGCGGCCCAGCAGCGGUGCGGUCGACGGCCGGCGGCGAAGGCGGUCUCAAUACUCUCGAUACCAGAUUUACGGAGCUUCUGGAUUCCCUUGAGGAGGCUCGAAUGAAAGAGUUCAUGACGAAUAAGCGUUGCGCGCUGCUCGAGGAGAGAAACAACACCUUGAAGCAAUUGAGGGAAGAGUUGGAGUCGCAAAACCGGGUGCUCGAGAACCAACUUGCGGCCUCGCAAGCUCGCGGUGUCAACGAUGAACAGGUUGCGCAGGUGCUCGAGCGGGUAACCCGCGAGCACGACGCGCGAGUCGGGAACAUGCAAGCGGAAAUCGAGGACCUGAGGAAAGACCUGGUUGUGUACAGAGACCAGUGCGAGGCGCUUGAGCGGACAGCCUAUGAACUCCAAGAACGGCUCGACAGCCAGGCUGCCGAAGCCGCCCAUGAAGUGAGAACGCUCGAGAACACCAUACAAGAGGUGGAAGAUUCCCUUGGAGAAUUAAACACCCUACUAGCCGAAAAACUGUCCAAUUACGCCGAUAAAGCCGACGACGACGAUGACGGCGCAACUUCCCAGGGCAGCAAUGUCCAGAAGUCUCCUUCGAGCGACGGAACCGUAAUUGUGCACCAUACGGAGGCAGAGCAGCAACCGAAGAUUCCGCCUCUCAAGGCGAUGGUGCGGGAGGUCCGGUCCAAUAUUGGCCAUGUCGUGGGGCGGAUCGAGACAGAGUUGGCAAACGCGCAGGGGAUCCAGGCCGAGAAAGCAAAGGUGAUCAAGGAUGAGCUGAAGAACAUUACCACGACAGCAGACAUCAUGGCUGAGAGCGAGGAAGCGAUGGAGGAAGGGCAAGCAGUGGUAGAGGCGGAACUUAGCCGCCUUCAGAAACAGGUGCAUUCGCAUAGGCGCGCUAUCCAGGACGUGAGAGAACAGGCCCUGCUGGUGCAGCAUGCUCAGCCCGAAGCCGAAGCAGCCAGGGCCACGUCCUGGUACAGUGGAGACACCGAACGCCCCUUGACCAAGCGCUUCAGCCGGGGGCUCUCCGGACGACGGGUCGAGGAGACCGCCUUGGGCGCCGGCGAAGAGGAGAUCAGGUGUCUGCAAGGUGCUCUCGAUCUUAUCGCACAACUACGGGAGAACGCGCAGACGAUGAGGACACAAGACGCGGCUCGCAUGUGCUCUGGGCAACUCGUGCCCCUGCUUGAGAAGCUCAAGCCGAUUGGCCCCGGCAAGAUUGUUGGGGACGGCGUAGCGGCGCUCAAGAUGCUCCUCGAUGAAAGCGUGGCAAAGGGCGUCGGGGACGACUCGACCGAGUUCUACUUGGCGCUUGACGAACAGAAAGACCGUCUGCAGAACCUGCUCACGCUGUGCCGCGAUUACCGCAAGAAUCAACCCGAGGCUGAGCGGAAUUUGCGGAACAGCAUUCAGCAGAAGCUUGAGAAGGUCAAGAAGCUGCAGACCACUCAGGAAAGCCUGGUGCGGGAGUACGAGACGCACCAAGCGCAGCACGCCGCUCGAAAUCUCACCGCCAAGCAGUCCAAGGAGCUCCUGCGGCUGGCCAGCAGUGCCGUCGAUACCUCUGACUGCAGCUUGACCUGGCCGUCCGCGCCAAGCGAGGUGGACGCGGCCGCGAUGGACGGGCUCGUCGUCCGAAUCCAGGAUAUGACAGCGGACCCAUACCAAUGCGCCCGGAGACGGCAGCUGCAUGACUGCAUUAAGGAACAGGAAGCCGCGCUGCCGGAUCUAAGAAGGGAGGUCAAUGAGGCUCGCCGGCUCGCUGACACCUUGGAAAAUCAGCGACGUGCGUUCGGCCGUCUCCAGCUGAAAAGGCAGCGCCCCAUGACGACUGAAGAGGGUGACGCCAACGAUAUGCUUGCAAGCAGCCUCGAGAUGCGAGAAACGGCACUCCGCCAGGACUAUGCCCUCGGCCUCGCAUACGCCAACCGAGUAGCUGCUGGCACAGCCCGGGCGACUGAAUUCCUGGAGAAGGAGAAGACCAGCGACCGACACCGAGCCGAGACUCUCCUUGCGAAGACCUUGCUCCAACUCCAAGCGACAGGUGCCUCCUGGCAGCACGGCGAAGCCACAUGCUUCUGCACGCUCCUCCGCUUCCUCUUCCCCCGGAUCUACUCCUCGACCACGAAGAAGCCCCUGUCGACGUGCCAAAGCCACCACCAUCACCACGGCCACGGCACCCUCUCCUUCUCAGGCCGCAUCUGGACCUUCGCCUGCUGCAUCCUGACCUCUCUCACCUGGCUGGUCCUGCUGGUCCUCAUCCAGCCGUACAAUCUCCGCGCAACGGCCGCCUUCCUCACGUCAUGGCUGCUCGGUCUGCUGGUGUACCUGUACCGCGUCAGCUCGCACACCUUCUCCCGGCUUGUGCGCCCCAGCAACAACACCAGCACCAGCACCAGCACCAGCACCAGCACCAGCAGCCACCAAGACCACCACCACCUCCUCCUCCUCCCCGGAAGUUCCCGUUCAAAAUCGAUCUCCUCCUCCUCCUCCUCCUCCUCCUCCUCCUCCUCCUCCUCCUCCUCCACCAAGACCCGCGUCCCCCCACCGCCGCCGCUGCCGCCGUCUGUGAUCGUCGGCUCGACCGUGUCGAUGUUCGUGGUCUUCGCCUGGCUGUCGUAUCUCGCCGUGCUGGUCGAGCGGCGCAUCUGGGUGGGCAACAACGACUGGCGCUUCGCGUACGUGCUGGACCUCACGGGCGGCACGCCGCUGCCGUAUCCCUGGUGGGCGCCCGUGCGGGUGGACUACCGGCUGGUGACGGACCCGGUGUGGUACCGGCUGCGGACGUGGUUCGAGGAAGGGGUGCAUGGCCUGUUCUUUUCUCGUUACACGACGGGGCAGCACGCGCCGUUCUUGAGGGGUGGUUGAGUCUGUUCUUUUUUUUUUUUUUUUUUAAAAAAAAAAAAGGGGUUGGUAAGUUUGGUUUGGGUGUUGGUAUACCUAUAUAAGGUACGUGGUUGGCGGGUUCUACCGAUGCUUAUAUAGGGCAUGGGGGCUGUGAUUUGUAGUUUAUAUCUGCCGGUAUGUGUCUUAGGUUGUCUUAGGUGUAGGGAGUUUGGAAGACUUGGAAUUUACAUGGCAGGUGUUGAAACUUGAUCUUAUUCACACAAUG